ACACACCACUGUUGUCAGUUAAAUUGCAAAAUUAUUGAUUGAAUGUAUACUUUUUCGUAAAAAUACAAUAAUUUGAAGGAAAAUGGAACACUUUAUUAAUUAUGACAGCGUUACAGCUUAUUACUUUGCUACUGGUGGUUUAUUUUUGAUGUAUUUGGCUUUUCGUAUACUUUAUUCAUUGAUAGUACAAAAUAAUUUUAUGCAAACCCAAUACAGAGCUUAUGGUCAUACUUGGAGAAGUAUUCAGUGUAAUAAGUCAAUCCCCUAUAAUAUAUACUGUACAGUUUGUGAGAAACUUAUGUUGGCUGUAGUUGGAUUGUUUUGUGAGUGUUGUGCAGUUAGUGCAUGCAAGAAAUGCUACAAGACAGUGGAUAAGAGAUAUAAAUGUAAACAAUUAACAUGGCCUUCUAAUAAAAUAUUUCCUCAUCAGUGGGUUGAUGUUGGAAUUUCAAGAACAGACAUUGCUGAAAAUAAUGAUCAUAGUGAUGAUAGUACUAAGAAAUAUUUUUGUAGCUGGUGCCAAAGAAUAAAGUUGUGUAAUAAUACUAGGGAUUUGAAAACUGAGCAAUGUGACUUCCAUAAAUAUAGCAAUAUUAUCAUUCCACCCACAUCAGUACAAAUGGAGAAAGGCAAUGUUAUUAGUAUUCAGCCGGUUAAUAACAGCAAUUGGGAACCUCUGAUCAUUAUUGCAAACAGGAAAUCCGGCAGCAACAGGAGUGAUGAGAUACUUUCAUUAUUUAGAGGAUUACUCAAUCCAAUUCAGGUGAUUGACGUAAGCGUGACCUCCCCUGAAAGUGUGGUGCGGUGGCUCCCUGAGAAAUGUCGUGUGUUGGUCGCAGGUGGGGACGGCACCGUUGCUUGGGUACUUAAUGCUUUAUUCGCUGCGCCGCACAUCAAGGCGGCCGUGGCUAUCUUCCCUAUGGGGACCGGUAAUGAUCUGUCUCGUGUGCUCGGCUGGGGUCCGGGCUGUCCGUCAUACAUUGAUGCACAUUCAAUCAUUAGCAGCAUAAAACAAGCAACAGUUGAACCAUUGGACAGAUGGAAAAUUAUUAUUAAACCAAAGCGUGGCCGUCUCGGUCGGCGGGCACCGGAGCGUAUAUUGCACGCUUACAACUAUGCGAGUAUUGGAGUAGACGCUCAGGUCGCGCUCGACUUCCAUCGCGCCAGGACACAGUUCUUAUAUCGAUACGCAAGCAGGACCCUCAAUUACAUAGCGUACGUGUUCCUGGGCGUGGGUCGUGCGCUGGACGACGGCGGGUGCGAGGGGCUGGAGCGGCGGGUGCGGUGCUGCGCGGACGGCGUGGCGCUAACCCUGCCGCCGCUGCAGGCUCUGCUCGCGCUCAACAUACCCUCCUGGGGCGCAGGCGUGCAUCUCUGGAGUAUGGGAGGUGAAGAUGAAGUCGAAGAACAAAGCAUGAGCGAUGGAAAAUUGGAGGUGGUCGGCAUUUCGUCUUCAUUUCACAUUGCAAGACUUCAGUGCGGUCUGGCUGAACCUUAUCGUUUCACACAAGCGUCCAAUCUCAGAAUUGAUCUAGAAGGUUCGUGUGCGAUGCAAGUGGACGGCGAGCCCUGGAUGCAGGGUCCGGCCACUAUUUUAGUGGAGCCGGCUGGACAAAGCACCAUGCUGAGAGCGAACAUAAAAAGAUCUGAAUGUUAAAAAAAAAACAAUUUGUCUCAUAUUUAUUAUAAAAAUCUUGGUCUUGUGAAACGUGACUCGUUUUUUAAUUAUAUUUUAUUUAAUACGAUCAUUUACCUUAAAAACAAAUCAAAACUAGUAUGAUGGAAUGAAAAUUACAGAAAAAUUUGUUUAAGAAUGCGGAAAAUUAAUUAGAAUUGUUAAUUGUUCAUGGUCACAUUAGAAUUCUGACUUCAGCACAUUGCGGAGAUAUGAUCGUGUACUUGAAAUAUCAAUUCAUCAUCGCUGUCAGUAUCAAGUUGAAUGUAAUAAUGAUGUUAGAAUAACAUUAAUUUUGCUAUCGGAUAACUUGUGAUAACACGACGACUGCUUCACCUUGGCUUUCAAGAGAACAAAACAUGCGUAUCGGGCGUGACUAAUUUAGAUAGAAAAAAAAUGUGAUUACAAAAGUAUGCAUUGUAAAUACAUACAUAUGUAAGAAUAAAAUUGCAAUUGUUUAAAUUUGUUGGUCAUUUAUAUAACGUAACAAAAGUCUAAUGCGAUACCGAUCUUAAGAAUUACAUUCUCGAGAUGUGCCUAUGUCGUCAUUGGCACUCCCGGAAACUAUGGGAAUUUCGCCGGCUCAUUCUGCGGGGACCGCGGCUUCUCAGUCAUUCCACAAAAAAAUUGCAGGAUAUAAGGUCCGAGCUUCUCGGAGGCCAAGGGAUAUCAUCCCUUAGGGUUAGGCCUAUAGGCUUAUAGGUGAUCUAUACUAACUUUUUAGUUUUCCGCUAACUCGGUAUUCCAUGUAUGUAGUAUGCGUCCAAAUGGUUGUCAAAAUUAUGUUCUCGAUAUGAGCACACAACCGUCUUCAUGUCUGCGCGAUUAAACUCUGAUGACUUCUUUUGAAAAUUCAUUUUUAAUUAAACAAUUUGGUUUGUUAAUAAUCAACAUUUGGUAUGUUUUUAUAAAUUAAGGAAUAAAAUAAAAACGUAAAUGAAUAAUAAUUCAAAUAGUUUUUGUGUGUUUCAAUAUUUGUGACUGGAAAAGUCCAAUUGUGUCUUGGUUUCAAAAAGAUGAGACUUUUCAAAAUAUCGUCCCUCAAAUGGUUAUAAAUUUUCGAUUAGAGAGUUGUAAAACGAAUCUCUGUACCAAAGAUUUGACUUCUCUAAGUACGUAUACAAUAUUCGUUUAUAUAACAUUUUCAAGUCAUGGUAUUAUCUAAGGAUUUUCGCUAAUUGAGUAAUGCGAUUUUAAAAAUAGGAAAUAUAGGUAUGUGAGAAUAUUCAAUGUACAUAGUUGAUAUGAGUUAAAUUGAUAAAAGUUAAUAGGUAAACGAUUUGCGUUUUGCCUUUGAAGUAAUAUAGCGUCGCGUUAUUGCGUUACCCAUUAAGACGCAUCGUCAGGUCGAGAUAGACGUGUUCGUGCCAAAUUUGAUAGCAAAAAAAAUAAUUUUCAACAUCAGAGUCAUAUAGUCAGAUAUUCAAUUUUCAACAUAUUAUUGCUAAUCUAUAGUG